CCGGCCUCGCCUCAGGCCACCCUCUCCCAACCCCGAAGCCUCCCCCCCCCUUCUCUCAAUCUAUACGCAUCUCUAGGCUAUAGCAAGAAUGGGAUGGCCGUCCACCUCCGAUUCUGGGAAGAAUAGUAAAAACGAUGAUUCUUCGAGACGACCGGUCUCCUGGCCUGACAGUCUGAACGGCACUGACUGGGAGCACUACAAGGAUCCGCGAAAUUGGGUGCUGACCCUUCUUGUCACGACCACCACUCUCGUGUCUCUGCAGGUAUAUCGUUCCUACCUACGCCGCAUCCCCGGCACUACCCACAUCCAGCCGAGCUUUUUCAGAAAGAGGAGCCUCUUUGGCCGGGUCACAAGUGUCGGGGAUGGCGAUAAUUUCCACCUAUACCACACCCCCGGCGGCCGCCUGGCUGGUUGGGACUGGCUUCGGAAGGUCCCGGUUAAGAAAACCGAGUUGAAGAACAAAACCAUCCCCAUACGCAUCGCGGGCGUAGAUGCACCGGAGGGCGCCCACUUUGGACAUCCUGCCCAACCCUUCUCUUCGGAAGCUCUGACCUGGCUAUCGGAUUACCUUCUCGGCCGACGGGUACGAGUCUUGAUCUACAGGCGUGAUCAUUACGACCGCAUCGUCGGCACCGUAUACGUGAGGCGGUUCCUCACGCGCCAAGACGUCGGCCUCGAGAUGUUGAAGAGGGGCCUGGCUACGACGUAUGAGGCGAAGACCGGUGCCGAAUUCGGCGGCCUCGAGGAGGAAUAUAAAGCUGCCGAAAGCAUAGCGAAGACGAGGAAGCUGGGGAUAUGGGGCGGCAAGAAGAAGGCCUUCGAGAGUCCUCGCGACUACAAGACCCGCAUGAAUGUGGGAGAGCCACAGAAUGGUAACGGCAAAACCAAAGCAUGAGAGAUGGCAGACGGCGCCGUCUACGAUAUCGGGGGUAUAUAUGAUGUCUCUUUUUGAGCAAGGGAGGCGUAUGUCAAGGUGGGCGCAUUCGGGGCCGUGGCAACACCCAGCCCGAAUGGGAUUUACCAGCUACGUGUGCCUAGCAUUGCGUGCUGUCUAGCUUUACCUACUAUGAGGAAUGGGGGCGUGUCUGGCGC